AUGGUAAAUGUCAUUACCGCUGCAACUCCAGGGGAUCAAAACAUUCAUGUCAUGAUAGAGUUCCUAUUAAUUAUUCUUACUGAUAUGCUGAAGGACUUUAUUCAUCAUGACAAAUUAUUGGAUCUUUUGGCACGUGUUGGAGCACUUAUCAGGGAGGUAUCAACUCUCGUUCACGACUUAGAAGAAAUACCAAGGAAUGAAGAGAGUGCCGAUGAAGCAAAUCGGGCAACUCUAGACUUGCUGGAAAUAUUGAACUCCUCAAGGAAGAUCUCAAACAUGGAAGAAAUUGGAGUGUUGAAAGAAGACAUAGGAUUCAUAAGUUCAUUCUUCAUGAAUGCUGAGAAAGGAUUGUAUAAAGAUUUGUGGGCAUAUAUUUUAGAUGUGGCAUACGAAGCAAAAGAUGUCAUUGAUUCAAUUAUUGUUCGAGAUAAUGGUAUCUUACAUCUUAUUUUCUCACUUCCCAUUACGAUAAAAAAGAUGCUUAUCAAAGAAGAAGUCUCCAAAAUAUCUGAGAAGAUUCCAAAGAACAAGAGCCUCAUUGUAGUAAACUCUACUAAGAAAGUUGAAAACAAGUCAUUGACAACUGAUAAAAUAAUUGUAGGUUUUGAGAAGGAGACAAACUGGUUAAUUAGUAAGCUCACCAGUGGGCCGAAAGAUCUUGAUGUCAUUUCAAUCACUGGUAUGCCGGGUUCGGGCAAAACUACUUUGGCGUACAAAGUAUACAAUGAUAAGUCAGUUGCUAGACGUUUUGACAUUCGUGCAUGGUGUACAGUUGGCCAAGAAUGUGAUAAAAGAAAUUUGUUGAAUAAAGUUUAUAAUCAAGUUACUGGCCCAGAUUCAAAAUUGAUUGAGAAUAUUGAUGUUGCUGAUGAGCUAAGGAGACAUAUACUUGGAAAGAGGUAUCUUAUUCUCUUAGAUGACUUGUGGGAUACUGAUACAUGGGAUAAGUUAACAAGACCUUUUCCUCUAGCUGACAAUGAAAGUAGAAUAAUUUUGUCAUCUCGAGAUAUGGAAGUGGGUUUGUAUGGAAAGUGCAACACUGAUCUUCUUAACCUUCGAUUGCUAAGACUAGAAGAAAGUUGGGAGUUAUUAGAGAAAAGGGCAUUUGGAGAACAGAGUUUGGAAAAGAAAAAGGCUGUGUGUCUUGAAGUUCAAAAUAAUUUGAAUCCCUAUAUUUUGAACAGUGAAGUUGAUGUGAUGAAGGUUAUAGAAUUAAGUUAUGACCAUUUACCUCUUCAACUGAAGCCGUGUUUUCUCUACCUUGCACAUUAUCCGAAGGACACACAAAUCAGUAGAGAUUUGUUGAAAAUGUAUUUGCGUGCUGAAUGGCUUGUUAAAGAGAAAAGGAUGAAGAGUGUGGAAGAAGUGAUGGAGGCUUAUUUGGAUAAUUUAAUUUUCAAUAUCUUGAGAGGAAAAGUUGUUUGGCAAGGUGAUACAUCUUCUUCUUCUUCUUCUUCUUCUUCAGAUUUGAUGCCACAGAUAGUACAGAUUUAUUAUGAUAAGGAGCACUUUGGGCCUAUCAAUUUUGUCCUGCUUGAUUCAAAAAGGGAAAGGCAUUCUGGUAAACACCUAUAUUCUUUGCGGAUAAGUGGAGACAAGAUGAAAAAUCGUCUUUCUGAUGCAUGUCACCUAAGAGACUUGAGGCUUCUUAGAGUGUUGUUCCUGUGUCCCUCUUUUAUGAUGGUGAAAGAUUCUUUAUUGAAUGAAAUAGGCAUGUUGAAUCACUUGAGGUUCUUAAGAAUUGAGACAAAAUUUAAAUCUCUGCCUUCAUCUUUCUCAAACCUCAGAAAUCUAGAAUCCUUGGUGGUGACUAACAAAGGAUCAACCUUGGUACUAUUACCGAGAAUUGGGGAUCUUGUAAAGUUGCGAGUGUUGUACAUUGACGCUUGUUCUUUCUAUGAUAUGGAUACAGAUGAAUCAAUACUGAUAGAAGAGGACUCAAAGUUAGAGAAAUUAAGAGCAAUAGAGAUCCUUGUGCUUUCCUAUUCGAAAGAAACAGAGGAUAUUUUCAAAAGGUUUCCCAAUCUUCAAAGGCUUGUAUUUCAUCUCGAGGAAUCAUGGGAUUAUUCAACAGAGCGAUAUUGGUUCCUAGAAUUAGAUUUCCUUCAUGAACUAGAAUCCCUCCGAGUAGAUUUUAAAAGUUCAAACACAAAUUAUUAG